GCACAUUCUGUCAUUCAUCAACGCACGUACCCAUUUCAAUUUUGCAAUUGAAUCAGGGAGAGUCGCAAUCGGAAAAUCUGCUAGGGUUUGUUGCAGAGCGAAGCAAUGGCGAUGAGGAGAUUCUUCAACGAGAUAAGGGGGAAGAAGGUGAGCGAGGUUCCAGAGCACGUGAAACCGAUGCUGUCGUUGGGUUACAUAAAGAGAGCUAUUCAGCGUGGCAUGGACAACUACCACGCCAAGUACAUCGAAACCAGUUCCCCCGAUCCCAUCUUCCAUGUCUGCUACGGCGGUAUGAUCUUCUCCUACCUCGUCGCUCUCCCUCACGAGCGCCGCCACCUUGAGCACCGCCAGCAGCACGCUCAGCAGCACCACUGAUUCCUUCCUUCAGGUUUGUCGAAUGGAGGUAGUUUGGGAGAUGUGUCACGUUUAAUGUCCGAUGUCUUCAAUGUGUGUGUGGAAUCAACGGAAAAGAUGUUACAUUGUUUUGUUUAUUUCGAAGUUUUUUUAUGGGAUAGGAACUUGACUGCUAAUGGCAUUGAAGAUCUGAUCAUUGAAACUUUGUUCGAGUAAUUUUUCAGAAUGCAUUCUGCUUUCGAAACGAAAAUUAUUUGUCGAUGAUGACCGUUGCACAGUGCGGGAUUUAUAUUGCUAUUAACGGACAUUAGUUGUACUUGUUGACUGUGUUCCAGUGCUGUUUCGUUUUAUAUUUGGUGGUUGAUAUAUGAUAAUCUUAGUGAUUUA